UGCAGUAAAAAAUUUGAAAUUUUUCUUAAGAAAUUCAAAAAGUGAAUGGAUUGAAAUAUCGACUCCAAAACGCGCAUGCUUUUGCUGCCAGUGUAUUCAUAUAUAUAUAAACAUAUACACAUAUAUAUGUAUACAAGAAAGAUAAAGUGUACGAGUAGAAUGUAGACCAAAGUAAGCAGUAAAAUACGAGAGAGACAAAAUUACAAAGACACAAUGGAGGCUGAAGAGGGACACGGUGAUGCCGGGAUGAGGAUUCGUUGGUAGAUUGGUUAGUAAAGUUCAGUGUCAUCCAAGACUAACAACCAGCAGAGUAAUUCCUCCAAGAUCAUAAAAGAUUUUAUUUAAAAACCGGCAAAAAUUCAAAUAAAUACCAAACCUGGAUUAUAAAUAUAUAUCAUAAGUGUUUUGCAAUGGCGAUGGGCAAAGGGUUUCGUAUUUACGAAAAAUUAAAACCACCAAGUCCACAUUCGCUUAUUCUAGAGCAUCGCAAUUGUAAGGACACUGUUCUCUUUGAAUCACAGGCUGUUGCUGUUCUUUCUGCACAGGAGACUGAAUCCUUGAAGUCUCAGUACACAAAACUGCUAGAUGCUUAUGGAUGUCUAGGAGUACUCCAAUUAAACGCUGGUGAAAACACCCACCUGUACUUGGUGUUGGUAACAGGAUGUUUUUCAAUGGGAAAAAUCGGCGAUUCUGAAAUAUUCCGAAUCACCCAAACCCAUUUUGUUCCUCUGCACUACACACAAGGAAACGAGGAUCGUGUUUCUGAAGUCAGGAAGGUUUUAAAUUCGGGCACAUUUUAUUUUUCCUGGUCUGCUGGCCAGCAUGAGGCUCUCGAUAUUACUUUGAGUGUGCAGCGACGUUACAAAUCAACGUGUACUGAUAAUAGAUUUUUCUGGAACCGUAUGCUUCAUAUCCAUUUAUUGAGAUACGGAGUCGAUACAAAUCAAUGGUUACUGAAAGCGAUGUGUGGAAGUGUUGAAAUUCGGACGGUUUAUGUUGGUCAUAGACAAGCCAGAGCUGUCGUAGUCUCACGAUUAAGUUGUGAACGUGCUGGCACUAGAUUUAAUGUACGUGGUACGAAUGACGACGGGCAUGUAGCAAAUUUUGUCGAAACGGAGCAAAUAAUUUAUUUAGACAAUGAAGUUACGUCCUACGUCCAAACUCGGGGCUCAGUGCCGCUAUUUUGGGAACAACCGGGUAUCCAAGUAGGGUCACACAAAGUUAAAAUAUCUCGAGGGUUCGACACAGCGACUCCAGCAUUCGAUCGUCAUCUGAGCAUGAUAAAACAACGAUACGGACAGCAAGUUAUUGUUAAUCUACUGGGAUCGAGUUUAAUUGGUAGCAAAGAAAGCGAAGCGAUGCUGAGUCAAAUGUUUCAAAGCCAUCAUAAUUUAUCUCAACACAAUGAUGUACCUCAUAUUAUAUUUGAUUACCAUCAAGAGUGCCGUGGUGGCAAUAUGAAAAAUCUCUCCAAGCUAAAAGCGAAAGUUGAAAAGUAUUUGGACUCGUUUUCACUAUUUUAUGCCGUUGGAACUUCGGUGAUAAGCGAACAAAUUGGUACAAUACGUACUAAUUGUCUCGAUUGUUUAGACAGGACAAAUUGCGUGCAAACAUUCUUUGCGCUGGAAAUUCUCGCGAAACAAUUGAGUUUACUAAAAUUAUUUGAGAAGCAGCAAUUGGUGUCGCGGUUCGAGGAAGUCUUUAGACAAAUGUGGAUCAACAAUGGCAAUGAAGUGAGUAAAAUUUAUGCCGGAACUGGAGCUAUUCAAGGAAGUUCUAAACUGAUGGACGGCGCACGUUCAGCAGCGCGUACAAUUCAAAAUAAUUUAUUGGACUCGAGUAAACAAGAAGCUAUUGAUAUUUUAUUGUUGGGCUCAACUCUCAAUACCGAAUUGGCAGACCGAGCAAGGCUAUUAUUACCAUCAAAUAUGCUCCAUGCACCGCAAAGCGUUUUGAGGGAAAUGUGUAAACGCUACAGCGAGUACUUGAGAACAAUGAAUCUGCGUAUCGGUGUGGGAACUUACAACGUUAAUGGUGGAAAGCAUUUCCGCAGUGUUGUUUACAAAGACGUUUCUCUGACAGACUGGUUACUGGAUGCUCCGCGUAAUGCGACGGCUCUGUUAGCACCCGACGAUGAUGGAGUGCCUGUUGAUGUCUUUGCAGUCGGAUUUGAGGAAAUAGUUGACUUGAAUGCAAGCAAUAUAAUGGCAGCUAGCAGCGACAAUGCACGUGCGUGGGCUGAAGAAUUACAGAAAGUUUUAUCACGAGAUACUGAGUAUGUUCUGGUAACUUAUCAGCAAUUAGUCGGAGUAUGUUUGUAUCUGUUCGUACGACCCCAGCAUGCAGCUCAUUUACGUGAUGUAGCUGUAGAUUGCGUUAAAACGGGGCUUGGAGGUGCCACGGGUAACAAAGGAGCCGCUGCGAUAAGAUGUGUAUUGUAUUCAACGUCAUUCUGUUUUGUUUGCGCUCAUUUCGCGGCAGGUCAGUCACAAGUAAGCGAAAGAAAUGCUGAUUAUGCUGAAAUAACAAGAAAAUUGGCCUUCCCAAUGGGCCGCACACUUAAUACCCACGACUAUGUAUUUUGGUGUGGAGAUUUUAAUUAUCGUGUUGAUAUGGAUAAAGAUGAUAUGAAAGAUAUGAUAAGAAACAAUGAGCUAGACCAGAUACUGCAGUAUGAUCAGCUGCUUGUUCAACAGGAACAAGGAAAUGUAUUCAAAAAUUUUAUAGAGGGUCCUAUUACUUUUCCACCGACGUAUAAAUAUGACUUGUUUUCGGAUGAUUAUGAUACUAGUGAAAAAUGCCGUCAGCCUGCCUGGACAGAUCGAGUUCUCUGGAAACGUCGUAAGCAGAUACCGGACAUUGAUUUUCCAGCCGACUGGAAUCCCGGUAAACUAAUUUAUUAUGGUCGCGCUGAGCUGAAGCAGAGUGAUCAUCGACCAGUGAUAGCAAUAAUUGACGUCGAUGUACACGUUGUUGAUCCAGAAAAACGUGAAGCUGUAUUCAAAGAAGUUAUUGAAGAUCUGGGUCCACCAGACGGUACAAUAAUCGUUAAAGCUACCGAAGAAAGUGAUGACAUUGACAGUGUAUUUGAUGACAAUUUUAUGCUGGCGUUGCUUCAAGAACUUUCUCACAUAGGCGAAGUUAUUCUCGUGAGGUUUGUCGGCGAAACCAUUUGGGUAACGUUCCGAGACGGUCAAUGCGCUCUGUCGGCUGCUCGCAAAGGCAUGACGCAAGUCUGUGGUCAGACAUUGAAACUGUCAUUAAAAUCACCCAACUGGGUACAGCUUAUUCAAAAGGAAAUUGAAAUAUGCAGCAACACAACGAUACCACAGUACGAUGAAUCGCCAUCACGAAACAUUUCGAGACUUGAGCACUUAGAGAUAGCAGAUGAUCCACAUUCUGGAAGAUCAAGUCCAAGUGACGGGAAUCGACCACCGAGACCCGCACCUCCAACUCGUCCAGCUCCGCCGAAAAGUCCAGUUCACGAUCGUCGACCACUACCACGUGCCGGAGUCAUCAGCAUUAUGCCCAAUCAAUUUUCUCCAGCAGCCUCCUCGCGAGUCGACAUAGACAAUGAAAAGUCCGAAAGACUCUCUCCCGAGUCAGCAAUUUACGAAGAAAUUCUCGACGAGCCGCCGAAUUACCCAGUGCCCAAUCGACCUCCGCCACCGUUGCCCCGUUCAGCCUCGGAUGCUAAUCAAGACUCAAAGCCACCGAGUUCUGCUCCACCGCCUCUUCCACAAAGACAGAUGCCACUACCUCCACCACAACAUCCGCCGCCAAGUUUGCCUCCCACAAACUUACCACCCCCAGUACCAGCAAGAUCCGGCGGCGGACCUCCAAUACCAACUCGAAAUCCUCAAUAAAUAUUAGAUCGUUGUCUUUAGCUAAUUGAUAUUCUCAGCCAGUCAUAAUGAUAAUUAUUAUUAUUAUUUUCUUUCAUUUAGUUUAUAGCUAAAGUUAUAAAUGCCAUUGUCAUACCUCAACGAAAUUUAGCUCAGUAAGUUUUAUUUAAUAACUCAAUUACAUUCCGAACAAAUGCCUAGUGUUUAAUUUUAUUUAGAACUUGCCAGUGUCAAAUUUUUUUUAUUUAUUUUAAGCGGAAAAAAAUGAUUAAUUUAUUAGGUCUUAGCAAAAUAAAAAGAUAAUGAUCAAAAAAAUAUAUAUAUAUGCACGUAAAAUAGCAAAUUAAAAACUAUAAAACGUUGAAAUAUAAGUUUUUAAUUGAUAAAUUUGAUAGAUAAAAAUAAUUAUUGAUUAUGCUUGGUAGAUAUGCACCAAAUCAUAAUUAAUAAUUGUAACCGUUAUAAAAAAUUUAGAAAUUAUGAGUGUGAAUGUAGCAGACAUCAGACAAAUUUAAAAUUAUAAAUAAAUAGAGCAAAUAAUUUUUAAUAAAAUAUCUAUAAAAAAUGCACUUAUUAAUUUCAAAAUUUUAUUUCAUUAAUUGUUUACUCUAUUUAUCAAUAAUUUUAAAUUUGUCUGAUGUCUGCUACAUUCACUCAUUAGGAAUUUACGUAAUUAAUGUUUUGAUUUUUUUUCUGGUAGAAAACUGGAUGAACAAUAUAAUGCCUAAUUACAGUAUUCAUAUGUAACCGCAUGUAUCAGUCGUGUACUUUGUUUUUGUGAGAUGUAAUCUAUUGUUGACCAAUUGUUAAAAUGUUUAGAUUAAAUGUUUAAUAGAAAAGUUUAUUGAAAUUUUGAGAGCAGGUAUGAGAAAUUAUAAGAGUCUAAGAUAAAAAACUAUUGAUAUUAUUUUUAAUUUAUUUUAGUAGUUUGCAUUUAUAGGGCAGAAGUACCAGUUGUGGUUACGGUCCAUUUUUGGACAGUUAAUGCUUUAUUUUAAUUAAUAAAAAUUAUAACAGUGUGAUAAAAGUAUCUUUGUACGCGUUUUAAAAAUUAAUUGUCAUUGCGUCUUUCACAAAUUAUUUUAUUUCAAUUUUUAGUGUCCAAAACUGACCCUAAACUCAGCAAAAACGGUACCUCUACCCUAUUAUAUAUAAUAUUAUAUAUCGUCUCGUGUAAAUAUAUAACAUCGAACGGAAAUUAUAUAUUUGAUCAAUAGUAUUUGCGUAUUUUAAAAUAAAAUGGUUGGAUAAAUUACAGAUGUAAAAAUAAAUGAAAUAUUUAAAAUAUCAGAAAAUUAUAUCGAUAACUAAAUUUAUUAAAUGUACUGCAUUAUUUAUUUAAUAAAGAAAUAAUCAGUGGAGUCAUAUUUAUUUUAAUAU